CAAUCGUAUCACGAAUUCUCAAGAACAAACAUACAAUUUCACAAUGGAUCGUUGGUUGAAUCGUGUUGCCGUCGUCACCGGAGCAAGCUCCGGGAUUGGAGCUGCCUGCUGCAAGGAUUUGGUAGCCAAGGGUAUGGUCGUAGUUGGCCUGGCCCGUCGCGAGGAACGUCUUCAGGAGCUAAAGGCAUCGCUACCAAAAGAUCAGCAAUCAAGGUUCCAUGGCCGAAAGUGCGACGUCAGCGUUGAGCAGCAGGUUGUUGACACAUUCGCUUGGGUCGACCAGACCCUGGGAGGAGCUGAUGUCUUGGUAAACAAUGCCGGCAUCCUUGGUAAAUUACACAUUACCGAUCCAGACAACGCUGCCGAUCUUCGAGCUGUCUUGGACACCAAUGUGCUUGGAGUUUCGUGGUGCACACGCGAGGCUUUCCUUUCGCAGCAGCGCCGCAACGUCAACGAUGGCCAUAUUGUGAUCAUCAACAGC